AUGGAGAAUCCAUUCAAAGCAAUAAAGCACGCAGUACAACUAAAGUUGUUGUUGUUUGUACGUCGACAGAAUUGGCUUUCUUUGUUUCUCCUUUUAGACCAUGCCUUAGCUCGUCACAUCACGAACACGGUUGUUGUUGUUGACGAGUUUCAGUGUCAACUAAACUGCUUCCAAAAUAACGGUUGCAAAUCCUUUAAUGUUUAUCCCGAUGGCAACAACGCACAAAGACAAGUUUGUGAGCUCAACAACAAAACCCGACAGAUGAAGCCAGGAGAUUUUAAAUGGAAGAAAGGAUCUACAUACUAUGGCUCCGUUCAGGUAACUCAAAACGUGUACGUAAGGCCGGUUAUCCGGCUUAGCCACCAUUUCCCGGCUGUCUCCUUCAUCGAUGUUUCCCGCGAGCAGAAUGAGCAAAAUAAGAGUGGACAGUGUCAUCCGGGAUACAAAGGAAAACGAUGUGAAACAGCGAUAACAGGUUUGAUUUCCACUCAACCUGCUCAUUCCUGUAAGGACAUCCGGGACUCAGGAGACUCCAAAGGAGACGGCGAGUACUGGAUCGACCCUGAGAAGAGUGGAAACCCUUUAAAGUCUCCAGUUGCUUUGUUUGGUCACGUGAUCACUCACCUUUGUCUCGUUUCAGGAGGCUGGCUUCUUGUCUCCUACUUCGUGAUUGACAGCUCAUCCUCCCAGCUGCAGUUGUCAAUAGAGACGUCAUACAGAGGAAUUAGCAAAUAUCACAAUAACCAGACGUUUCUGACAAAGAGUGCCAUGAAUGAGCUCAGAACACACCUGUCUUUCAAUCAACUGCGAUUCCACUGCAGUAAACAACAGGGACGUACGUUCCAUGUGACAACGGUGGCUAACAGCACUGGUGAAGCUGUAGUCCAGUACUUCAGCGGUCAGACGGAUAUCCAGCCCGAUGCCUGUUACUCGUUUGUUAGAAUGCGAAAUGACAACUCGAGAUUAGCAGGAGUUUGCGGUCAGUGGGGAUUUAAUGGUACGAACUAUAACGUUGGCAAAUGGGGGCAUGCUCGAGAUCAAGAUAGAUUGUAUUAUUACCCUGCUUUUCAAGUAUUUGCUUAUCACUGGGUGCUGAUUCCACAUGAACCAAGAUGGGAUUGCGAUGACGGGGUUGCUGGAGUGUCUUCUGGUGAUUUCUGGAAAGUCUUUGUUCGUUAAGACCUUGGUACACCGAUAACUGGACAAAAGUGUUUAUCUAAUCUUUAAUACGGACCAAAAAUAGUUAUAAAAUAGUAAUAAAAUAGUAAGAUAAGGCUUCUUGGUGAAUGAUUUGAGAGUAGGUCGUUUUAGAUAGUAAUUAACUUCUAUAGAAGUGCGAUAAACUUAACACGGGAAAUCGAAAAUAAAAAUCCGAUCGAAAAUUAUAUCAUGGAUGUGUAGCUUAACAAUAAAAUGACAUCAAAUGAAAUGAUAUAAAAUAAAAU